AUGUCCAGAAUUCAAAGAGACGAAUUAUCUACGUCAUUGUGUCAACUAACCGGUCGACGCUUCUACGUUAUGGGUUCUUUCCCGAAGAUAUGGCGAAAAAUAUUGCACCGAGUAAUAGCAACAUGGAACCAUCAGCACCUGUGGAAGCCUCAUUACCAAUAGGUCCACCUACUUAUGAAGAAGCUAUUGCUUAUGGUAGUGUACCUAAUCCACCAUACCCUGUUGGGGUACCCUCCAUGCCAGUACCACCUACCUAUAAUCAACCACCGAAACAAAUUACAAUGCCAAUGCCCUCGAAUUAUGUCGUGCCGGCUGACCGCAACGCAUCACAGUCGUUUAAUACGGAUCAGAACUUUGCACCUCCGCCGGAAGUACGAAUCAUUCAUCAACACGUAACCUUUGCCCUAGGUCCGCACGCGGUCAAAAUAACCUGCCCGUCAUGCUAUGCUGAUAUUAAAACUACUACGAUAUCGGAUCACCAACCGACUGCUCACAUUUGUUGUAUUAUCCUCUGUUUAUUGGGGUGUUGCCUCUGCUCUUGUCUGCCGUACUGCAUGAGUACCUUCAUAAGUGUUCAUCAUUUAUGUCCCAAUUGCAAAAGUCAUAUUGGUACAUGGAAAGGUUGAUUGCUACUGUAAAAAAAAACAAAUGUGCAAUGUCUCUCUCUACGUGAUGCACAAAAGACGUACUUUUUCUCAGCCUUCCAUGUAAUAAUAGUAAUAAUAAUUAGGUAUUGCGUUAUUUGAUGAAAUAAGAUACAAAAAAGGUAAUAGAA